GUAUAAGCCCAGGUACUGGCUGGUUUGCAUCAGUCUGCUGCUGAGAACUUUGCAACAAUGAGUUGUGGAGGUCCGCGACUUGGGGGGACAAGUCCAGGCAGGACACCUACUAAGGAAGAACAAGCCAUCCUCGACAAGGUGAAAGAUCAAUUUGUGAAGCAGUCCGGGACGAACCCCAGCGUAUUUAAGGCCGUCCUCGUCAGUACUCAGGUUGUUGCCGGAACAAAUUACUUUUUCAAGGUUGAGACUGGAGCUAACGCUUACAGCCACGUUAAAGUGUUCGUACCUAUGCCUCAAAAAAACGAAGGACCGUCUUUGACGGCAUUGCAGCUGAAUAAGACAAAGGAGGAUAAACUGUUUUAUUUCUAAGAUGGAGACGACGACGACAAUGAAUUGUAUCCCGGAUGUUCCUUCUGUAUCCAAAAUUGUCCUGCAAUCCUCUUCAACUCUCCUUUUUGCCAGUUCCUUCAAUCCCUUCCCCCUCAUUCCCAUGGUGUCCUGGCACCUCGGAGCUACAAAAGGCAAAUUUACUUCUGCUAUGUCUUCAUUUCAAGUAAAAUUCCCUGUUAUCUGUAUGUGGGGCUGGAUUUACGAUCAGAAAAGGCAGGCUUGAGCCUAUAGGUUGUUGGGGUAAGCUGGUCCAAACAAACUAUUUCCGUUUGAAAUUGAUACCGCUUGAAUGCCUCAAUCUGUUAUCCCAGCUGACUGGACAGAGUGUUUGCAGGUACUGGUUGGGUUGAAUACUGGCUCAUCGGACACAUUGAGGCAGAGGCGGCUCUUUAAUUAGAUGAUUGCCUAAGGCCUCACAAUCACAGGGGCCUUGUGGCCGCCUAACUUACCCAAUGCAUUACCCCAAUUUUGAGGGACAGGGGGCCUAAACGCUGAUGUGCUCAGGCAGCGUUAGGAGCCCUGACGCAGGAGCUGGGUCGCCGGUGAUCUGACGAUAUGGUUC